AUGAACACCGAAAAGCGUUUUCGCUUUUCGGAUACCCUCAUCCGAGGGGAAGCCCCAACGGGAAAACAGAAGGGAGAAGGCACAGCGCACAACGCAACAACAGGACAACGAGGGAAGAACGCAGAAGGUAGACGACGACGAGGGCUUAAACGGCGUCGUCGUGUCACGCACAAGCGGACACGGCGAGCAACAGCGGGAGCGGAAGCGACUUUUUUUCUCUUACUGGGUUUCUCUUGCUCCGAAGAGCUAAGAGAAACCGAAAAGAGUUUUCUUUUUCUCACCAAGAGAGCAGAAGAUCGCGAGAAGAGACUAGAUAAAGAUGUAGUUAUUUCAGUAAUUAGUACAAUUGUGACAUCAGCCAUGGGUAAUCUGUUGAAAUGA